AUGGCAUUAUCCUCACAAGCUCUCAAACGGCUCUCAAAAGAAUACCUCGACACCCUCCGCCAACCACCCGACCCCCUUCUCCUCCACCUCGCUCCUAUAUCGCCCGACGAUUUAACCCAGUGGACCGCAACCAUCGCUCCCCCGGCGCAUACACUCUACCACCCAGGCUACUACACUCUCUCAAUAACGCUACCCCCAACUUACCCCCUCACCCCACCCACCAUCUCCUUCACAACCCGUAUCGCACACCCCAACGUCGCCUUCAAAACUGGUGAAAUCUGCCUCGAUGUCCUAAAGGAGGCAUGGACGCCUGCGUGGGGGGUUCGGAGUGCGUGUUUGGCUGUUGUGGGGUUGUUGGAGAGUCCCGGGUGGGAGAGUCCGUUGGAUGUUGAUUUGGCGGUGUUGUGGAGGAGUGGGGAGGAGGUAGGGUAUGAGGGGUUGGUUAGGUAUUAUGUUGGGAGGUAUGCGUGUGGGCAUCUUGACAGCAAGGAAGGACCCGAUGGGGAGGAAGAGGAAGAACCAUGA